AGCAGAGUAGAGCCGGUGUUGUCGUUGAGUACAACUCAUACCUCAUUGCAGUCAUUGCAUACACUUUGGGUUAUAAGUGUUGUAUUCAUUGAAUUGAUCUCAUCUGCAGAACACGUGUCCAUUCAGUGACUUCAUGUCCGCAGCAAUACAUUCAUCUCAUACCAGAUAGACAAUGCAUUUCAUAGAGAUAGCGAUGGUUUGUGUGGCAAUCAGUGGUGUCUUAAGCGCCACUCCAAAGGCGGCUGAGAAGACACCCGUAGAGCAAUCGGAUCCACCGAUAGUCUUAAGACAAGUUUCUAUUGUGAACGCAGAGAUCACUGUUGCGGACAGGGAUACGAGUGGUACGGGAGCUGUGACUGCACUCCAAUACCCGACCACUAUAUCCCAUCCAUUAGACGCGGAUUCGCAACAAAGAGUUGUCAUUAAGUUUCAAUUGAAGGACAAACUAAAGGGUGAUGUGAUGUCCGCUCACCAGACCUUUGUUCAGAUGAAGAACAUGAAGACAAAGCAAGAGAUUGUAUUCAUUGCAGAACCCGAUUCAGCACUGAAUUACAAAUUGGAUCUCAAUUUGCAAACAAAAGCUAAAGACUUGAAUCAUAUGAACGGUUUGUAUGAGAUAUCACUCAUCAUAGGAGACGCAAGCAUUUCAAACCCAAUCCUCUGGAAGAUCGCAUCCAUUAAUCUCCAGCUCUCCAACCAAUUGCCCGACUCUGAGGAAGUGGUCUCUCCUUUUGUGUCCAAACCUGAGAUCAAGCACUUGUUCAGAGAACCAGAGAAUCGUCCGGCGCCUGUAGUUUCGAUGGCUUUCUCUAUUCUAGUUGUGGUGCCAAUAGUCAUACUCUUCGGACUCUGGUUCAAGAUUGGGCUCAACUUUUCAGGCUUUCCAUUGGCUUUAUCAGCGCCGGUCUUCCUGUGUCCUGACCGGGAGUAUAAGCCUGAGAUACAGACGAAAAAGUAG